GUCCGGAAGGAGGGGGGGGGGCUUCGUAAUUCAAGGUGAUCUCCGUGCUUUAGGAAGUCCGACCAAGUCUCAGCUUGCUCGUGACAGGCAUCCACGUUGUGACGGCUACUCGAACUCAUCUCGCGGCCAGAGCAUUGUGCUCGUAUGGAGCGCAAGGACCCUCCAUCGCCAAGCCCAUAGUAUCCACCUUCCAGGGACCCUCAGAUAAAUCCGUAGUCACUUUAUAACUCUCCAUUCCCCUCAUCGAGCAACUACUUCAACCUCGACAUCUCUUCUAGCACACAUGAACACCAUAAUCCUGUCUGCCUCUCACCCUUGACCAUCGAAAUCAUGUCUGUGCCUAUCGGCCCAGAAGACGCCACGUCGAUCAGGGUGACAAGCGCCCCGGACUCCCUGGCCAACUUCUCCAGCACCUACUCCUCGCAGAGCUGCAGACGCAGUCUAAAGAAGAUACACUACCACGUCAUUCUCCCGGAGAUCACCCCGAAACGCUUCAAGAAGUUGCAGAGCUCUCGGGAGGCCGCUGCUAAUGACGCGGAAUUCACGCGGGCCCUGGUGGCUCUCUUCACGCUCUUGAGUGCCUGGGAAGCAGAGGAAGAACAGAACGCAGGAGAAGACGCCGCCUCAGCACCGGCACUAACAGGAGUGGAAGCCGGGAGUGUCAGCGCGGCAGAAGUCGGCACCAGGGAAGACACCACUGGCAUCGCGCUCAUCCUCAGCGCCUCAGCGCCCGCCGAUCUCGAUGAGGCCCUGCACGCGUCGCUCAGGCACCGGCACGAUGGGCCGCCCAUAUGGGACAUGCGGAACGACUUCAAAUACCUGCGUCUCGAUCCCAGCAUCCUAGGCACGGCAGGUCUGCCCCAGACUCGGGCCGUCACAGCGCUCGACCUGCGCAGCGAAUGGCCAAGAGCAGGGCGGCGGUUGCAUCCCAGUGUGAUCACUAGCCUUGCCGCGGCUCUGCCAAGUAUGGUGAACGUCCAGUGGGAUUGCCUCAUGCCGCCUCGGCGGUUGGAAGCUGUGCGGCGGGAGAUACGCUCCUCUCUCGCAACCACGCUGCGGAUGGCUCAGCUGGACCAGGUCACGGUGCUCAAGAUCUACUUAGAGGACGGCGACCCGCGAGACCAGCGCGUCGAACCGGGAGAUUUCUCCGAAGAGGACGACAACUCCGAUGAUGCGCUGAGUGUUGGAGUCGGGCGUGUCCUCAAACUACCCAACAUCACCCAUUGCGAGCUCUCCGGCUUCUGGACCCUGGACCCGGUGACCGUCUUCGCAGCAGGGGUGAGUACUGGUCUAGUGUUCGGCCAAGCAUUGCAGACCGUGCGCAUCGAGUCCACAGGCACGACAUGGCGAGGGCAGUGGCUGAUGACUGGCGACGAGGACAAAGCGUCUGAAGACGAAGGAAGCGAGGCUCCCACGGAUUCUGACGCGUCCGAGGCCGCCUUCGACUCGGCCGACUCGGAUACGUCAGAUUUUGCUCCUCCUGGCGGGCGGGCGUGGGCCCGCGAGGACGGCGAUUUUCCGCAGUUCUCGUUCCGCAACAGGCCGGACGAUGGCGUCUUUGUGCCACACUUGCUGCCGCUGGUCAGCUGUCUGCCAGCGCCUGAGGAUAGCUCAAGCCCCGCACUGCGCUCCCUCACGUAUGUGCUGGAGAUGUCGGUCGCUUUCUAUGUCGAGUACUAUGCCGCUGGUGUACAGAGUGAGUCGGCCCGGAUGCGGUCGGUGACGGAAGAGGACGUGAGUCGUCCCCGCUGGCAUCUGGUGGCAAUGGACGGAGUUGAUGAGGAGUGGGCUGUGCCGGAACAUCUGAUACGCUCCAUGGAAAGUGGAGGGGCGAUAGUGUCCAUAUUCGGGCUACAGAGCUAGCCGCUCAAUGGAGGACGCGUGCUGCCUUCGUG